AUGGAAAUGCCAUCUUCACCUUCCUCUACAAUAACCGCCCCGCCUGACUAUCGUGAAACCUCUCAGAGGUUAGCUAAACUCAUCAUGGAAGCCAUGACCUGCGACUUCGCCUUCCUGCAUUACGACAGCACUUCUAGAUCUAUUAUUGAGUGGUGUUGGCCUCUCGAUAUUGAUGGAGAGAAGAUUCCGCCAUCUGGCCUAGAGAGAUGCCGCGACAAAUAUGAAUUGAGAUACCCGUGCUGCUUAUGUGCUGAUGAGCGUGGAAGGGGGGCAUAUACGGAGGCAGCAGUGUACUCUUGGUGGAAUAGAAGCACUAAUAAGGCUGAAUGGAAGGCAAGAUGCACAUCAGACAGAUGCGGAUACCAAGAUAAGUUUUUCCGGCUGUCAUUUGUAGCCACCUUCCGGUACCCUCCAAGACUCAGAGAAAGCUUUAUUCUAACAAAUGUCCCUGCAAAGAAUGCACCACAGUUGCAAACACCUUUUUUGCCCCCACGAUCAAAAUUGAUGGCCAGAUCACUUUAUUUUGAUGGCCAGAGGUCCAAACUGAACUAUACAUUUUUGUCGUAUUUACUCAAAGGUCGAGUCUAUCAUGGCGACCUUUGGGAACUAGCUGGGGAGCGUAGUAUCAAGGCGAAACAGGAGGAAACCCUGCGUAGACACCAGAGCAUCUGUAAUGGAACCGGAAGAAGCCAUGCAGCUGUGGAGAGAUAUCUUAUGGAUGAGAGGAAGAGACGAUGCCAGUUGGAAGUGUCUCUAUACUCUCAGGCCAUUGAAAUCUUGGAACAGCUUCGGAUGCCACAUGUCGGACUUCUAGCCAAGCAUGAGAUCAGAACACCCUCUGCAGCCUGGAGGCACAGUGCUCCGCCUUUGGCCUGCUUGCCUUUGGCUUGUGCACCUUUAGCCUGCUCCAUUUCUACGCGAGAGACAUGUAACGCCUGUUCAGUGCAGAAUGACGUGUAUCUCAGCUCAGCCAAUUCCUCACAUUGGCAUGGCUUGAGCCCUUUGACAUCCAUACCCUCCCCCCGGGCCACUGCGCAGCAGGAAAGUCCAGUGUCUGCCCUUUUGAAUCACAUCGGCCCCUCAAUGCCCCUACUCAGUACUUGGGUAACUGCCAACGUUCAGAAUGCCUUUUACAAGGCAUUCCAGACAGAACUGGACAUGCAGUCAGAACUAAUGUUGAAAUCUCUUGCUACUAGGCAUAGCAAUGCCUACCUCCGCAAUCUUGGGCUGGAUCUGCUCAUCCUGCAUUCGAAGAUGCAACGCGCGCAAGCUGAGAUAAAGCUCUAUACGGUGGCUAUUGAUAACACUCGUUUGUUGGACUCUUCCGAUCUCAGUUCACACUCAGCCUGGGAUGAAACUGUCGGAACGUCUCUACUGCCUGGGGAAGCGAGCCCCUACGACGAUCUCUUUGACGGUGAUAUUGAAGAGCCUAUUGACUUUGAUUUCGACCCAGACGAAUGCCCUGAUGACCCCGAACUAUAUUGA